AUGAACGGCACCUUGCCAAAGAUCCAACUCAUCAGGUUGCUCUACACGCAUUAUCAGCAUGUCAAUCUUGGCGCAGCAAACAAAUUCUUCAUCGAUUUCGGCCUGAAAGUGGUUCAGGAAGACGAAGAGAAGAUCUUCUACCGUGGUUUUGGCGAGAAUCCGUUCGUUUAUAUUGCAGAGAAGUCUCCCGGCGAUUCAAAGACCUUCGUUUGUGGCGGCUGGCUCGUCCAAUCGAAAGCGGAUCUAGAAAGAGCCUCAAAGCUUGCAACUGGUUCAGCUAUUCAAAAGUUUGAAGGUCCUGGUGGUGGUCAUUUCGUGGACCUCCUAGAUCCAAAUGGUGUCAAGAUCCGUUUGCACUUUGGAAUCACGAUGCGGCUCGAAGAUGAAGUUAGGUCUGAAAUGCCGAAAGCGGUGAUGAUGAAUUCAUGGGUGGACAAGCCACGGAAAGGAGAAUUUCAACGAUUUGACAGAGGCCCUAGUAAUGUUCACAAGCUCGGUCAUUACGGUCUAGUUGUGGACAAGUCGAAAUUCGAAGCCACCGUAGACUUCUAUAUUUCAACAUUUACAUUUGCCAAGACUGAUUCUCUAUUCGACGAGAAGACUGACAAAGACAUGAUGACUUUCAUGCAUAUUGAUAGGGGCACUGAAUUCUCCGAUCAUCAUAGCUUCUUCAUUCAAUCGCCGCCCGAACCGGUGCCGUUUGCUCGGCCCCAUCAUUCAAGCUUCGAAAUUGACAGUAUGGACUCGCAAGUCAUGGGUCACUAUUACCUACAGGAAGAAGGUUGGACGAACUGCUGGGGUAUUGGUAGACAUCUCCUCGGCAGCCAAAUUUUUGAUUACUGGUUUGAUCCUUCUGGCAAUAUUGUCGAGCAUUACAGUGAUGGCGACUUGGUUAACAGCAAAACCAUUUACUCGCGGGAGGUCGCUGCACCAAAUACUAUGGCUGUGUGGGGACCAAAUGUGUCCCUUGCAUUUUUGACAACAAGAAUGGAAGAUUUAUAA